AUGCAAAUUUUUGUCAAAACCCUUACUGGCAAGACCAUCACGCUUGAGGUCGAGUCCAGCGACACCAUCGACAAUGUCAAAUCCAAGAUCCAGGACAAGGAGGGCAUUCCGCCUGACCAACAGCGCCUGAUCUUCGCCGGCAAACAACUCGAAGAUGGCCGCACCCUCUCCGACUACAACAUCCAGAAGGAGAGCACCCUUCACCUGGUCCUCAGACUCCGCGGGGGUAUGCAAAUAUUUGUCAAAACCUUGACGGGAAAGACGAUUACUCUCGAGGUUGAGUCGAGCGACACGAUCGACAACGUCAAGAGCAAGAUCCAGGACAAGGAAGGCAUCCCGCCUGACCAGCAACGUCUGAUUUUCGCCGGAAAGCAGCUGGAGGACGGCCGGACGCUGUCGGACUACAACAUCCAGAAGGAAUCAACCCUCCAUCUCGUCCUCCGGCUUCGCGGCGGUAUGCAAAUUUUUGUCAAAACCUUGACGGGAAAGACGAUUACGCUGGAAGUUGAGAGCUCGGAUACGAUUGACAACGUCAAGUCGAAGAUCCAGGACAAGGAGGGGAUUCCGCCGGACCAGCAGAGACUGAUUUUCGCGGGCAAGCAGUUGGAAGACGGGCGCACUCUGUCGGAUUACAACAUUCAGAAGGAGAGUACGCUGCACUUGGUGCUGAGAUUGCGCGGUGGCCAGUAG